AUGGGCAUUUAUCUCCUCUUUAAUCACCCACACUACUCCUGUAUCUACUCUGCCUGUCACCAUAUAUACCCGCCCAUCGUCUUCGCCAUCUCGAUCUCCAUCUCCUUCUCGACCGUUUCCUCCCACUCGACGACGAUGGCGCGCGCGGCAAUGGAGAUCUCUUCCACCGUGGGUGGCGCGGCCACGGCGCCGCGGCGCCGCAGGACUCUACUCCUGAUGUCCAACUAUACCGCGCUGCUGUUGGGGUCGGUGGCAUCAAGUCUUCUCUCGCGGUUCUACUUCACGCACGGCGGGCACAACCGGUGGGUGGUGACGUUGGUGCAGUCGGCGGGGUUCCCAGCGCUGGUCGUCGGCAUCUUCCUCGUACCUAGCCGCCACCGCCCCGCCUCCGCGCCCCGCCCUUUCCUUUGGCUCUCGCGGCGGCUCCUGGCGGUGUGCCUUUUCGUCGGCGCGCUCAUGGGCGUCAACAACCUGCUUUUCUCCUACAGCUCGUCGCUCCUCCCCGUGUCCACCUCGUCACUCCUCCUCUCGACGCAGCUUGCCUUCACGCUCGUCCUCGCCGUCGCCAUCGUCCGCCACCCGCUCACCUUCGUCAACCUCAACGCCGUCGUUCUCAUGACGCUCAGCUCGGUCCUGCUGGCUCUCCGAUCCGGCGACUCCGGCGAGAGCCCGAACCGGAAGGGGUACAUCGUCGGAUUCGUCGUCACGCUCGCCGCCGCAGGCCUUUUCUCUGCCUACCUGCCGGUGAUGGAGCUCCUGUACCGGGAGGCGGUAUCCGGCGGGUUCAUGCUGGCGGUAGAGGUGCAGACGGUGAUGCAGGCCAUGGCAUCCGUCGUGGCUGCAAUCGGUCUUACCGCGUCCGGUGGCGCCGGCGACGACUUGGCGGCGUGGAAGGGCUCGCAUGCUGUCUAUUGGGUGGUGGUGGUCACGCUGGUCGUGACGUGGCAGGCGUGCUUCAUGGGCACCGCCGGCGUGAUCUACCUCACAUCGUCGCUCCACUCCGGCGUGUGCAUGGCAGCAGUGCUCACAGCCAACGUGAUCGGCGGCGUUGUCGUGUUCGGUGACCCGUUCGGCGCCGAGAAGGCCAUCGCCACAGCGCUCUGCGUCUGGGGCCUCUCGUCCUACCUCUACGGCGAGUACACCAAGAACAAGAACAUGGCAGCCGAUGAUCAGCAGGACGGCGACGGCGAUGGCGACGCCCUUAUCCGCGAUCAUGACCACGCGCAAAAGAGCCUCGCCGGUGAGGCCGUGGAUGCGGUUUGA